UGAAGAAUAACGUGCGUUUAUUCUCUUUUGCUCUCUUUCUCUAUUUUUCUGUGCUUUCUCUAUAAAUCGUGAAUCAAUAGUAAAAGAGAAAAGGGAUCAAAGAAUAAAGAUAUGACGAGUCCGGAAAAUGGAUAUCGAACCAUUAGACACUCUUGAAAGCGCGCAGACUAACUCGCUCGUCCUCCUUUAAGUUUCACUCGUGUUCUUUCGUAUAUCCUUUCUCGAGAGCAUCGCAAAAAUUUUGUGACUUUGUGACUACGAAUCAACGUUGGUAGCCUGCUGUCUCGCGCUUGUGUGGCAGCAAAACAUCGAACAGGUGUCAUCAUCAAGCUUAGUAUUUUUCGCCUCAAGAUCAAUGUCUUUUGUAACGAAGCACGAUGAUACAAUAUAUUGCACACUAUGAAAUAAUUCCUAAUACACAUUUGCAUGUAUAAGUAUAUACCGUCAACCAUAAUUUUUAUUUCAAGAACUUUUUUCACUUCUCCGCCAUUAUUUUGGCGGAUCAGUUUAGCCCCCUGGGAAGUUCCGUGUGUACUCCUAAUUAUCAUUGAGGGAUUUAACAAGGACAAUUCCGCCACAGGUGAGCCGGGCCGUGAGCCCGGCGAUGACGCGAAGGAACGAAGGGGGAACCAGAAGAGCGGAGCAGGUGGAUUGCUCGCCGAGGUUAUGCAAGACAUUCAGACUCUAUCCGCGAUGGCAGAGACUGAGGUGGCAUUUAAGGAUUACCGGAGUUUAGCAUAAUAUCAGCAGAAGUGGGAAGAGGACAACAAGCAAGCGUCGUUGUCGGGGCGAUGAGAGGGCGACGGAUGACGGUGGAAGAUGAAGCCCGCGAAGAGGAAUGCGCCCGAGGAAGGGGCACAGAUUUUUGUAUUUCGCAACGUCCAGUUACACUCUGGUCUGCACGCAAAUUCUACACUGCGAAGAAAAAACUGCAAUAUACAUCCCGGUUACGGAAGUACAAGUGGCAGACCAUUAGCCAGGGAGGAAGUCUUUUAAGAACAAGGAAGAGAGUGCUGAGCGAUCCCUUGAAGUUGCAGAAGUGCGAGCGAGAAGUUGUCAGCAGACUGCUGCUCGAGAACUUUGUGUUCGUCGACUAUUCACGAUUCUACCUUUUAAACCUUUCGCUACUCAAGUAACGAUUGUAGUCAGCAUCAGUCAAAUGCUGAACCGACUAUUAUAGUUUGCCAAGCAAAAUGAUCAACUAAAUUUAUUUCCAACGAGCAUUAUAAUGUCAGCUUUCCUUCUUCUUUACUUUUAAUUUUUAGAAUUCUGAAUAUUUUUGUUUUUUAUUUCAUGCUAAAAAAACGAAGUAAA